AGGAUUAGAGAAAGCACAAUAAGAGAUGAAACCCCUCCCAUUUGAAAAUCCCCUUUGGUUUCAGAGAAACUGAAAGGUAGAAAGUGCUGUGAUUAAGAUGGCAGAGAGCUGUAAAGAGCCACAUUCUUUAUCCUGCUCAAUAUGCUUGGAUAUUUUGAAGGGCCCUGUGACUCUUCACUGUGGCCACAGCUACUGUAUGGCUUGUGUGAAUGGCUACUGGGACCAGGAGGUCAGCAAGGGUGUCUACAGCUGUCCCCAGUGCAGACAGCUUUUCAGCCCUAGGCCCGUGUUGAACAUGAACACAGUGCUGGCUGAUUUGGCAGGGAAAAUGUCAGGGGCAGGAGCACUCGCCCCUCCUGAGAAGGAUGAAGUCGGCCCUGGGGAUGUGGAGUGUGAUUUCUGCACCGUGAGGAAGCUGAAGGCUGUCAAGUCUUGCCUGGUGUGUCUGGCUUCUUACUGUGCGACUCACCUGCAGCCCCACUAUGAGUCUGCUGCUUUCAAAAGGCACAAGCUUGUGGAAGUCUCUGCCUCCAUGCAAGAUCAGAUCUGCCCCAAGCAUGACAAGCUUCUGGAGGUCUACUGUCGCAGCGAUGGCCAGUGCAUUUGUCUGCUUUGUGUGAUGGAUGAGCACAAAGGUCAUGACACUGUCUCGGCUGCAGCAGAGAGGAAAGAGAAACAAAAACAAUUUGGAAAGAAGAAACAAAGAUACCAGCAUGGAAUACAGGAGAAAGAGAAACAGUUGCGGCAGCUGAGGCAGAAAGUGAAAUCACUGCAGUCUUCUGGAGCUGCAGCGGUUGAUCAGAAUGAAAAGGCCUAUGCUGAAAUCGUCCUGAUGGCCGAUAAAAGGCGCUGUGCUGUGAAUGAGCUGAUCAGAGAUCAGGAGAUGGCUGUGGUGAGCCGAGCUGAGGCGCUCAUGGAUCGGCUGGAGAAGAAGGUCUCUGAGCUGAAGAAGGGGGAGCGUGAGCUGAAGCAACUGUCACUCACUGAGGACCACAUUCAUUUUCUGCAGAGCUGCCAUUCCAUCUUUGACUGUCCAGAAACUGAUGUGUCUGCUGAUUUCAACAUCCAUCUGCACGCACCUUUUGACUUUGCAACAAAGGCCAUUUCUAACUUGAGAGACAAAAUGGAAAACUUGGCAAAAACUAUUGCAGAAAUGUCAGAGGAAAUUCAAGCUGAUCCUGAUCCCAAGACAGGACAGGAGUUCUCCCUCUAUUCCUGCCAACUCACUCUGGAUCCCAACACGGCAUCUGUAAACCUAUUGCUCUCUGAGGGAAACCGCAAAGUAACCUGGGUUAAAAAAGCCCAGGGGUAUCCAAACCACACAGAGAGAUUUACCGAAUACGAUCAAGUGUUGUGCACUGAAGGUUUAUCUGGAGUUUGCUACUGGGAGGUUGACUGGCAGGGGCCCAGGGUGGAGGUCGCUGUGUGCUAUAAAGGGGCAGAGCUGGUAGAAAAUGGCUUUGGAUUCACAGACCAGUCCUGGUGCAUUUCCCUUUCAAAUCAUGGUUCCACCUUUUGGCACGGUGGAGGCAAAACCAAAAUAUGCACCCCUUCCUCCUCCAUUGUUGGAGUGUAUCUGAAUCAUAAGGCAGGGAGCCUGUGCUUCUACAGCGUGUCUGAUUGUGGUCAAAUGAUGCUCCUUCACAGAGUUCAGACCACAUUCUCCCAGCCUCUGUACCCUGGGUUCAUGGUCUCCAGAGGGGCCUCUGUUAGGAUAUUGUCACCAAAGUAACGGGCAUCGUCUGUAAUGGUUGUUCAAGUGCGGCAUCUGUAUUACAGUGUGUUAAACAGCAGUGCUUCACAGGGGUGUUCAAAAGUAGUGUCUGCUGAACAUUUCUCAUUAUACUUAAAGUUUGAUUAUGUUCUUUAAAGUUUGAUUAUGUUCUUUAAAAUUACCUAUUUCUUUGCAAGGGAAAGGGCUGAAGAUGAUAAUGGCACAAAUGUUUGUGUGUAUGUUACAUGUUUCUCCUUCUGUGUUGAAUCAGUUUUAACUGUAAACUUGUUACUGUUAAAGAGAGUAUUUGAGUUACUAACGAUUGUGUAUAAAUAUUUUCAUAACUAACAGAAGUCUCACUCUGCUAGAUAAUGUUUGCUAGUAAAUAAAAUCUUAAAACACUCA